GUUCACGAAUCGGCGUCGUGCGUACAACGCACGUCAACCGAAAGCGGACUCUUUUCCGUUUCAACUUCCUCCUAAACCCAACCAAAUCUCCCUCCUUUUUCUGGCUGAAACCCCAAGCCAUGGCGGAUCCGUCCCUCCUCGAUCCCAAUCCCUCCUCGAUCCAUGCCUCUAAUGGGCCAUUAUUCGAUCCCGACCUCUCUCUCGACGAUCUUCCCCUCCCCGCCGACUUGGAGGCCGAUUUCCUUUUCGACGACUUCGACAUCAGCAUCGAUUUCCCCAUCGAGGAUCUGCUCCAGUCGCCGGAGGACCAGCCGUUCCCUCCUUCCAGCGAUGGAUCCCCGGGACCCAAUGCCAACGACGGAUCCGGCUUCUCCUCCUCCUAUCCCCAUCAAAGCUCCGAUCUUUCCCGGAAUAGUGGCCCCUCCUCCCCCGAUUCCGGCAACUCUUCCGGUGUCACCAGUCAGGAGGCGAAGUUGGAGGAAGAGAAGAGCGGGUGGAACCUCAAGAGGAAGACGGACAGAGAGGACGGAUGCGCUCACACUAAUUCUAACCCUAACCCUAGGAGCAGCAAGUAUCGGCGGUCUGAGGAGGGGAACUCCGCGGGUGUUUUUAAUGCGGGGAGUGAGGAGGAGGAUGAGAAGAGGAAGGCGAGGCUGAUGAGGAAUCGGGAGAGCGCCCAGCUAUCGAGGCUGCGGAAGAAGCAUUACGUUGAGGAGCUGGAGGAAAAGGUAAAGUCCAUGCACUCCACGAUCCAUGAAUUGAACACCAAGAUCUCGUACAUCAUGGCAGAGAAUGCGAGCUUACGGCAACAAUUGGGUGGAAGCGGCGGGAAUUGCGCUCCGCCGGGUGUUUACCCUCCUCCACAGAUAGUGCCCAUGCACUUCCCGUGGAUCCCAGGGUAUUCCCUGAGGCCCCAAGGGUCUCAGGUUCCUUUGGUUCCUAUACCUAAACUAAAGCCCCAGCAGCCCACCUCAGCUCCGAGGGCCAAGAAAUCUGAGAGCAAGAAGAACGAGAGCAAGACCAAGAAGGUUGCGAGCGUGAGCCUUUUGGGGCUGUUGUUGGCUAUGCUGUUUUUCAGAAGUGUAGUUCCAGGAGUAAAUCUUGGGUUUGUAGGGCGUAGAGAUGAAGUAUCUGGUGGAUUAGCUGCCGUGAAAGGUGGGAUCUUUGGACAAUCUAAAGGUAGAAUUUUGAGUGUCAGUGGCCAUGGUAGGGGUCUGAAUAGCACUGAUGAAAUUGGAUUACAUGAUGGAAAAAUGAGUUUUGGUGAAGGAGGCAUUGGUAGGUGCGCUGGUAGGAGAUGCGAGACUGGAGCGGAUGGGUCUGUCUUCAAAGUGAAACUGAACUUGAGCGAGACUCUUCCUGCAUUGCUGUAUGUUCCAAGAAAUGGAAAGCAUGUGAAGAUUAAUGGAAAUUUGAUAAUCCAUUCUGUUCUUGCUAGUGAGAAGGCCAUGGCACAAACAAAAUCUAUAGACCAGGCGAAGCAAUCAUCAGCUAAAGAAGGUAAAGAGACAGGUCCGGCUAUCCCUAAUAAUGUGGCUUCGGUUUUGGCCCUUCCUAAAAGUGGAAGGGAGGUGGAUCGACAUUCUAACUCAUAUAGGAGCUCAGCUGAGCAUCAGAGAGCACUUGCUUCUGAUUCCGAAGAUCUAUUUGGGGACAAUUCAAAGUCAAUUCCAGUUGAUGGGCCUUUGCAACAAUGGUUCCGUGAAGGAAUUGCAGGUCCAAUUCUAAGUUCUGGCAUGUGCACUGAAGUAUUCCAGUUCGAUGUCUCACCAGCCUCUGCUCCAGGUGGCAUCAUUCCUGCCACAAAAAUUGUUAAUACUUCUGUUGCUAAUGCUACCGAGAAGCUUCCUCCAUCUGCUUAUCCAAGGAAGAUGAAGAAUAGGAGGGUAAUGUAUCCUGAGCCAAUUCCACUCCCUGGAACUACUCUCAAUGAUACAGAACGUUUUGCGGAGCCUUCUGAAAGCAGCAACUUGCAUGAUAACAAAUAUGUUACUUCGAUGGUGGUCUCUGUGCUGGCUGAUCCUAGGGAGGCUGGUGAUGGGGAUGGCGAUGCCAAGAUCUCACCAAAGUCUCUUUCUCGAAUCUUUGUUGUUGUGCUUCUGGAUAGUGUCAAGUAUGUUACUUACUCCUGUGUUCUCCCAUUCAAAAGUAGCGGCCCCCAUCUUGUGAACUAACUGUUACGGACGAAGUUUUAGCUGGAUUAUAUGAAACUUUUGUUGGGCAUCUGAAUACGGUCAGUUUAGUAUGGUUAAUGUCUGACGGGUUGGCUUAUCCCUAGAGCUAAUACAUGUACUUGUCUCAUCUAAAACAUAGAUAUGAUGAUAGCGUUUCAUGAUGCAGGGAGACGAAUAAAUGCUAGAAGUCACCUGAUUAAAUCUUUUGAAAA